GUUAAGUGCCAAAACCUGCUUAGAGUUAAUGGUGAGCGUUAAGUAUAAGCUUUCUUCAAAAGCUCUUAAAAAGAUAACCUUUCACGGGCUUAAAUAUCCUUCGAACAGAAUUCUGGGCGUUUUACUUUGUAACGGAUCUUGUGACGAUCACGACCUACUUAUUGUCGACGCAAUACCUCUCUUUCACUCAUGGCCUUCUCCAUUAUUACUAGAAGCAGCUUUGAGUCAAGUUGAGUCCUUUUCCAAAAAAUAUAAAUUACUUAUUGCCGGAUAUUAUGAAGGACUUGACACGAUAAGUAGCGAUUUGCAGCCUUCGUCUCUUGGACUGUUGCUUGCUUCCAAACUAGCUGAAUUUUGUUUAAAUUCUUGUAUUUUAUUAAUAGACGAAUUGUCUUUUGUUGAACGGUAUCAAUUCGCGUUUAAACUUUUAUUGAGAGAAAAGGGGAACUGGAUUACUCAAGAUGAAGAUAGCUUGUUAAUUGAAAAGCUAACUUCUAUAGAAAAAGAGUUUGCGGAAACGAGAUAUAGAAGCCUUUACGACUUCGAGGACCAUUUAAAAAAUCCUUCCCUCAAUUGGCUCGCUUCUUACUAAUAUGUUUUUUGUAAAGCAAAAGGCUAUUAAUAACCUGUUUAA